CUGCACCUGCCCCGGGAGGGGUGUCCGUGCCCGCUGGUGCCUCCCCUCCGUCCGCCCGGGAACAAGGAAGCAGCUCCAGCUACCUAUAGCCAUCACUCGGCAGCGUAGUUCCCUGCUGGCGCCUUCCCCACGCCCUGUGCCCUCGGGUCCCUCACCUUGCAAGGCCUUGGGGCGCUGCCUUUGGACAUGACUCGGGGCACGGCAGGGCUGCCCCUGCUGCUGCUGAGCCUCGCUGUGCUGGAUCUCUCACUGGGGACCACUGUCAAAGAUAUGACAAACCCUACAUCUCUGACUCUCCCAACCUCCUUGACACCCACAGAGACCACGGCACCACUGUCCAACAGCAGCUCAAGCACUGCAGCCACCUUCCCUUCCUCUCAUCCUGCAACCUCCACCCCAGAGAUGCCAAUGGAUGCCUUCACACCCAGUGCUUCUACAGCUCAGCAGAGCAGCCUGGCAGCCUCCAACAUCACCACACCACAGGCAAGGGGCAGCAGAGCUGACAGCACUCCUGGGUCACCUGGGCUGGCACCCAGCACCAGCAGUACCCCAGCAGGGCUGGAAACCACCACCAGCAGUACCCCAGCAGGGCUGGCACCCACCACCAGCAGUACCCCAGCAGUGCUGGCACCCACCACCAGCAGUACCCCAGCAGGGCUGACACCCACCAGCACCAGCAAUACCCCAGCAGGGCUGGCACCCACCACCAGCAGUACCCCAGCAGGGCUGGCACCCACCAGCACCAGCAAUACCCCAGCAGGGCUGGCACCCACCAGCACCAGCAGUACCCCAGCAGGGCUGGAACCUAGCACCAGCACCACCCCAGCAGGGCUGGGGCUCACCACCACCAGCAAUACCCCAGUAGGGCUGGCACCCACCACCAGCACCACCCCUGCAGGGCUGGAACUCAGCGCCACCACCACCCCAGCAGGGCUGGGGCUCACCACCACCAGCAAGCCACCUCCAACCUCCACGGCCAUGACACCCAGCUAUGACAAGAGUACCACUGUCACAUCUGUGGGAUCUGUGGGGACCAGCACAGCCCUGGCUGCCAGCUCAUUUGGAGUUGAAACGAGCAUGCUGCCUCCCUCCACCUCUGCUCUUCUCUCCUCCACUGGGCUGGGCACCACGCUUGCCACCAGCCCCCACCAAGAGCCAGCCAUGACCACACUGCUUGGCAGCCCAUCCCCAGGGACCAGCACCACCUCUGCUUCCACCACCCCAGAAGUGACAGACACUUCAGAUGGGCCCUUGACGACCCCAUCAGACACCAUGACCUCCCUUGGUACCACCACAGACGUCCCUGGGACCGCCCCUGGUACUUCCACCCCAACAGAGCCAGAGACCCCCAGUGACACUGCAGAGACCACUGCCCUGGGUGUGACAGCAACUGUGUCCUCAGCUCUCCCUACCUCCUCAGCACCCAUGGAGAGCUCAACACUGCUGCCUACCACUGACUCCAGCACCACAGCCACCCUCCUUUCCUCCAGCCCUGAAACAGAAGCCUCCACCCCAGAGGAGUCCAGCACAUCCACAGAGACUGAAAACACCUCACCUCCCACUGUGCUUCCUCCCACCACAACUACAGAAGAUUCAUCUGAAUCUACAGAAGAGACCUUGGCAACCCUGGCAGACACCACAGCCAGCCCUGUUAUCAGCACAUCAGACCCCAUGGGCACUCCCUCUUCCAGCUACCCAGACAGGACCACUCCUGACAUCUUCCCCUCAACUGUGGAGUCAACUCCAGGCACUGAGCCCUCUUCCCCUGCCUCCAGCUCAGCCCAGACCUCAGAGGCUGCUGCCCUCAGCACACCUACAGCCCUGCCAACGCUGCUGCCAACCUGCCCCUCUGCCUCACCCAACACCAGUGCAUCUCACCUGUUUCUGUCCCUGAGGCUCACCACCCCUCUGGACCUGGGGAACACCACGGUGCAGGAGCUGCUGUUGUCCAAGCUCCGUGAGGACCUGCAGACAGCAUUCCCAUGUGCUGGCCUGUCACUGGCAUGGCGAGGGAAGAGGAGGACUUGACUGCUGCCUCUCACCUGGACUGCCACGCACCUGCUGCCAGCUCCUCACUCCAUGGUGGUGCAGGCCCCUGGGGAAUCCCAUACAGCUCCUCUUGAACCUGGGGCUUCCUGUCCUUCACUCUGUACCCCCAGUCCCCUCCUGACCCUUCCCACAGCCUGUCUGAAGAGCCUGAGCCCUCCCACCACCCUGCUCCAGACCUGAUUCCUCCUCCAGCUCUGCUGGGGGCUGGGAGAAGGGGACCCUAUGGAACUGGGCUUUUACAUCUGGGACUGAGCUGCCUCAGCCAUCAAAGCCACCCUGGGGACAGAGGAAUGAGAGGAAGGAGACCUGAAGCCCCCAGUACUGCUGUGCCCAAGGCUCACCUGUGGCAUUGCUGACAGAGGAUGACUCCCAUGCCGGGCAGUAAAUAGAAAUUCCUGUUUUCUGUGUUGAAGUGAUGACUUCUUUAUUUUCCAAGUUGUCUUUCCCAAUUUUCAGCUUUGCCAUCUAUUGGAGGUACCGGUGAUGAAAACUGAGUCCCCAGAGCUUUGUGUGGAGAGACGGGCUCAGUGCUGUCCCGUCCCACCAGGGGAUGCUGCAGACAUUCCCAAGGAUGGCUCGGCACCCUGGCAGACUGGUGGUCUCUGCUCUGGAGCUCUCUGCCCCAAAACACCCCACAGCUGCAGGGGCAGCACUGUGGGGCUGUGGAAAUCCCGUGGGCUGUGCUCCUUCCCUGUUUUUUCCAGUCCCCAACUAAGGAGACACUGUAACAUCUGACCCCCUGCAGCAAAGUCAUUUAUUAACUGAUUAAUUACCCAGAUAAAAUCCAACUGAAGCAAUUAUUAGCCUUAGCAAGCCACCUCUCCUGGAGAUGGAAAACUGAAAUAAUUAGCAAAAUAGC